CGGAGCGCCAACCGCAGACGAUGAAAUAGCGCCAAAAACUCACUGGUUCGUUACUCUAUGGUUUUUUCGCUCGCUUUUGCGUCAUUGUCUUUCGUUCGUUUGACGAAAUUAUUCACUCACGAACGAACCAAUUGCUUUUUUUCUUGUUUCGUCUUUCGUCCUCAAGUUUGUCGGUAAGGCCACGAAAGCUUAUUUGAGAUAAUUUCAACAUUAUUGUUUAUCAACUUAGCAAUUGAAAAUGAAAAAGGUGAUAUUUAUUUGUUUGCUCUCAUUUUCAAUAUGCAUGAGCCGACCAGAUGGAGCACCAGGUUCUGCAUCACAAGCAGCAGCAACGCAACAACCACCACCUCCCAAUACACCAUCACCAACAACAGAACACAAUGACACCUCAACUGUACCCCAAGCUCCCACUGCUGUGACAACAUCAGUUGUUGCUGAAGUGCCAUCGCUACUUGCUCAAGUGGUAACUACAGCUAAUGCCACCAAAACUAUCAAUGACACAAACAGAACCACUGAGAAAAAUGAAACUGCUAAACCAUCCAAUAUACCACCCGUAACUGAAAAGGUGACUCCGACACCUUCACCUGUACCGGAGAAUAAAGAAAAUACAACAACAACUGAUCAUACCAUGAAAAAUGUAACAACUACUGUGAAGCCCACAUCUAAGCCAACAACUACAGAAACACCAAAAGCUACUGACGCUCCACCAUUACAAGCUCGAGGAUUUGAUGGUCCCAGUUUCAUUGGUGGGAUUAUCCUCACAUUGGGUCUUCUAGCUAUUGGAUUCAUGGGAUUCAAGUAUUACAAGAAUCACACUGAAGGGAUUUACAAUCCUCUAAGUUAAGCAUAAAAUUAUUAAUUUUCUCUUAUGAAUAUUUAUGUAAGUGCAGUAUCAUUUUAUUUUUCUAAGCAAGUGUUGAAUCGAUUUUUUUUUUCAUUAGAAGCAGUUUAAUUUUGUUUUAUGAUAAAUACAUACAGGGUUACUGCAUGUUAUAUUAGUAAAAAGGCACUGUUAGUCUUUUUUAUCUAAAUUAAAUUGAAAUGGUGGCUGGUCAUUAAAG